CCAAAUACGAGAAGGCGAAGACGCUUAGUUGGGAGCUUAGAGGGGUACCUCUCAGGUUUGUAGCCUAGGAGGGGGCGGCUUUUGUAACUACUCCCGCCGCCCGCGCCGCGCCCUGCCCCGCCCGCGCUAGGGGUCUCCUCAGUCGCCCGUUAGUCCGAGUCUUCCCUUCUCAGAGAACCGCCACUCUGAGUCAGGAAGCGGGGGCGUCCGGCGGCCUCGAGGCGGCCCGCACCGAGAUUCUUCUCAGCCAGAAGUGCUGUGCAAAAGCGCGGGGCCGACGGACUACGAGUAAAGCGGCGCAGCGGACGAGUUAGGGCCGGGGUGAGGGAGACCGUGGCUCCUCACAAGACACCUGGGAGCAGUGUCAGGCGAGGCGCGGGGGCGCUCAGGAGGGGCGUCCAUUGAAGUGUGGUUUGUGGACCGCGCCUUCCCAGACAGCCCAGUGGAGCCCAGCUUGGCACCCGGCAGCCUUGGACGCGAUGUUCCGCCGGACCCUCAAUCGUUUGUGCGCUGGAGAGGAGAAACGAGUUGGUACACGCACAGUAUUUGUUGGCAACCAUCCCAUUUCAGGAACAGAAGCUUACAUUGCACAAAGAUUUUGUGAUAAUAGAAUAGUCUCAUCUAAGUAUACACUUUGGAAUUUCCUCCCUAAGAAUUUAUUUGAACAGUUUAGAAGAAUCGCAAAUUUUUAUUUUCUCAUCAUUUUUCUUGUACAGGUCACAGUAGACACACCAACAAGCCCAGUUACCAGUGGACUUCCACUUUUCUUCGUUAUAACUGUUACAGCAAUUAAGCAGGGUUAUGAAGAUUGGCUUAGACACAGAGCUGAUAAUGAAGUUAACAAAAGCACCGUUUAUAUUAUUGAAAAUGCAAAGCGAGUGAGAAAAGAAAGUGAAAAAAUCAAGGUGGGUGAUGUAGUAGAAGUACAGGCAGAUGAAACCUUUCCCUGUGAUCUUAUUCUUUUGUCAUCCUGCACAACUGAUGGAACCUGUUAUGUCACUACAGCCAGUCUUGAUGGUGAAUCUAAUUGCAAGACACACUAUGCAGUACGAGAUACCAUUGCACUGUGUACAGCGGAAUCCAUUGAUAACCUCCGAGCAGCAAUUGAAUGUGAACAGCCUCAACCUGACCUCUACAAGUUUGUUGGGCGAAUCAGUAUCUAUAGUAAUAGUAUUGAGGCUGUUGCCAGGUCUUUGGGACCUGAAAAUCUUUUGCUGAAAGGAGCUACACUUAAAAAUACCAAGAAGAUAUAUGGAGUUGCUGUUUACACGGGGAUGGAAACCAAAAUGGCUUUGAACUACCAAGGGAAAUCUCAGAAACGUUCUGCUGUUGAAAAAUCCAUUAAUGCCUUCUUGAUUGUUUAUUUAUUUAUCUUACUGACCAAAGCUGCUGUAUGCACAACUCUAAAGUAUGUUUGGCCAAGUACCAUUUCCAGUGAUGAGCCUUGGUACAACCAAAAGACUCAAAAGGAACGGGAAACUUUUAAGGUUUUGAAAAUGUUCACCGACUUUUUAUCUUUCAUGGUUCUGUUCAACUUUAUUAUCCCUGUCUCCAUGUAUGUCACAGUAGAAAUGCAGAAAUUUUUAGGCUCAUUCUUUAUUUCAUGGGAUAAAGACUUUUUUGAUGAAGAAAUUAAUGAAGGAGCCUUGGUUAACACAUCAGACCUUAAUGAAGAACUUGGUCAGGUGGAGUAUGUAUUUACAGAUAAGACUGGAACACUUACUGAAAAUAGCAUGGAAUUCAUUGAAUGCUGCAUAGAUGGGCACAAAUACAAAGGCACAACUCAGGAAGUUGAUGGAUUAUCUCAGACUGAUGGGCCCUUAACCUAUUUUGAUAAAGCAGAUAAGAACCGAGAAGAGCUAUUUCUACGAGCCCUGUGCUUAUGUCACACUGUAGAAAUUAAAACAAAUGAUGCUAUUGAUGGACCUACAGAAGAAGCUGAAUUCACAUAUAUCUCCUCCUCACCAGAUGAAAUAGCUUUGGUGAAAGGAGCUAAAAAGUUUGGGUUCACAUUUUUGGGAAAUUGGAAUGGACAUAUAAGAGUAGAGAACCAAAGAAAAGAAAUAGAAGAGUAUGAACUUCUCCACACCUUAAAUUUUGAUUCUGUCCGUCGACGUAUGAGUGUUAUUGUAAAGACCCAAGAAGGAGAUAUUCUACUUUUUUGUAAAGGAGCAGAUUCAUCAAUUUUUCCCAGGGUGCCUAACCAUGAAAUUGAGUUAACCAAAGCCCAUGUAGAACGUAAUGCAAUGGAUGGGUAUCGGACUCUCUGUGUAGCCUUCAAAGAAAUUGCUCCAGAUGAUUUUGCAAGAAUUAAUACACAACUAACAGAGGCAAAAAUGGCCCUACAAGAUAGAGAAGAAAAGCUGGAAAAACUUUUUGAUGAGAUUGAGACAAAUAUGAAUUUAAUUGGAGCCACUGCUGUGGAAGACAAGCUGCAAGAUCAGGCUGCAGAGACCAUUGAAGCCCUGCAUGCAGCUGGCUUGAAAGUGUGGGUACUUACUGGGGACAAGAUGGAAACAGCCAAAUCCACCUGCUAUGCUUGUCGCCUUUUUCAAACCAAUACUGAGCUCUUGGAAUUGACCACAAAAACCAUUGAAGAAAGUGAAAGGAAAGAAGAUCGAUUGCAUGAAUUGUUAAUAGAAUAUCGUAAGAAGUUGCUGCAUGAAUUUCCUAAAAGCACUAGAAGCCUUAAAAAAGCGUGGACAGAACAUCAGGAAUAUGGAUUAAUCAUUGAUGGCUCCACAUUGUCACUCAUACUGAAUUCUAGUCAAGACUCUAGUUCAAACAACUAUAAAAGCAUUUUCCUACAGAUCUGUAUGAAAUGCACUGCAGUGCUCUGCUGCCGGAUGGCACCAUUACAAAAAGCCCAGAUUGUCAGAAUGGUGAAGAACUUGAAAGGCAGCCCCAUAACACUGUCAAUAGGCGAUGGUGCAAAUGAUGUCAGUAUGAUUUUGGAAUCCCAUGUGGGAAUAGGUAUUAAAGGAAAAGAAGGUCGCCAAGCAGCCAGGAAUAGUGAUUAUUCUGUUCCAAAGUUUAAACAUUUAAAGAAACUGCUAUUGGCUCAUGGACAUCUAUACUAUGUGAGAAUAGCACAUCUUGUACAAUAUUUCUUCUAUAAGAACCUGUGUUUCAUUUUACCACAGUUUUUGUACCAAUUCUUCUGUGGAUUCUCACAACAGCCACUCUAUGAUGCUGCUUAUCUUACAAUGUAUAAUAUCUGUUUCACAUCCCUGCCCAUCCUGGCUUACAGUCUACUGGAACAGCACAUCAACAUUGAUAUUCUGACCUCAGACCCUCGAUUGUAUAUGAAAAUUACUGGAAAUGCUAUGUUACAGUUGGGGCCUUUCUUAUAUUGGACAUUUCUGGCUGCCUUUGAAGGGACAGUAUUCUUCUUUGGGACUUUCUUCCUUUUUCAGACAACAUCUUUAGAAGACAAUGGAAAGAUAUAUGGAAACUGGACAUUUGGAACUAUUGUUUUUACAGUCUUAGUAUUCACUGUAACUCUGAAGCUCGCCUUGGAUACUCGAUUCUGGACAUGGAUAAAUCAUUUUGUGAUUUGGGGUUCUCUAGCCUUUUAUGUUUUUUUCUCUUUCUUCUGGGGAGGAAUUAUUUGGCCUUUUCUGAAACAACAGAGAAUGUAUUUUGUGUUUGCUCAAAUGCUCUCUUCUGUAUCCAUAUGGUUGGCUAUAAUUCUUCUAAUAUUUAUCAGCCUUUUCCCUGAGAUUCUUCUAAUUGUAGUAAAGAAUGUACGGAGAAGAAGUGCCAGGAGAAAUCUGAGCUGUAGAAGGGCAUCUGACUCAUUAUCCGCCAGACCUUCAGUCAGACCUCUUCUUUUACGAACAUUCUCAGACGAAUCUAAUAUAUUGUAACAGAAUCCGAAUCUUGAACUGCCUAUGUUAUUGUCCUACAAGCGUAUUGAUCGUGGUUGCAGCUAAAGAAAGAAAGUAUGAAGGAAAAACUACAAAAGAUAUUAACUCAGGAUACUCAAUAUGCAACAAAAACCACUCUCAUGUGUAGGAUUCAGAAUAAAUGUCCAUUAAAAUACCAAAUAACUCUCCUAACCAUUUACAGUUAUUGUAAGUAGCCAUUAUGCCCAAAGUUAAGAAUUAGAUGAAAGUUUAAAGUAAGCAUACUUAGAAUUCUGGAUUUAGAUAGAAUAAUGUAACUACAAAAUGAGUGCUCUUGUAACCCAUUGACUUUGUGAAUGGAUUUCAAUAGUAGUAUAAAGUAGAAGUCAUACAAUGGAAAUAAGCAGAUUUUGCUAAUACAGUGUUGCUUUUUGCCUGGCAGAAGACAUAGACUGUUUGUAUGACAUUUCUCAUUCCUGCUGAAUGAUUAUCUUAAUUUUUUCCACAUACAAAAGGAAUACUUGAAAAUAUAGAAGAACUAAGCGAUAUUAUUGUAUCAGACAAAGUAGUUCAUCUCCUUUUCUGUCAUAGGUUAAUUGUCUUGGUCUAAUAUCUUUUCCAAAAAUACCUUGAAUACUUGUGUGAUACUGUUAGUUCUGGGUAUUAUUGUAGAAACAGGGGUGGAAAGGUUAUUUGGUGUGUUUUCUUCUGAAUUACACACCACUUAUGUAUUUAAGACUACUGAACAAAAAAGUAAAACAUUUUGGUCUCUUGGUAGUAGCACUUCAAAACAGUUUAAGCAAUAAAAAGAUUUCCACUGUCAAUUUUGCUGGGUAAUGAGGUAAAGUGGGAUAAAUAUUUAUAUAAGAAUAAACACUAUUCUUAACAUUGGCAUUUUAUAAUUUUUAUGUGGCAAAGAGGGGAAGACUACCUUAUUUUAAACUACUAACGGUUUUUAUUGGAAAGAGUUUAUGUUUGUGCAUUUAAACAGCACUUUUUUUGGGUACCAAUUUUGAAAGAGGAGAUCCAUUUGAAAACAGUUCAGCCUGUAGAGCCAUGAUUCUUUGAACAUGAAUGUUGUCUACUGUAGCUAACUGGGCCAGGGGAGUGUUCUAAUUCUUAACUAUGAGAUGAAUCUUGGUAAAAUCCUCCAACUGCUGAACAAGAAAGAGGUCUUAUCCCCUAAUAAGUUCACUUAAGACAUGAAAUAAGUGUGUAAUGUCUUUAUUUGAUAGAGGGACCACAUUUGACAGCUAGGCUAAAAUAUAUUUAGAAAAUAUUUUUCUAUCAGUUUCCAAGU